UCUCUCUCCUCUCUCUCUCCUCUUCCAUUGGAAGGGCUAAGCUCCCCUUAGCCAGCCUGCCCUUAUUUAAUUUGGAGUGUGAUUUUGCUAUUUUUAGCUUCUGGAUUCUCUCCAGUGAGACUUAGAGGGGUAUUUUUUUCCUUCCCUUCCUUUUUUCAUUUUUUUUUUUGAAAUUCUGCAAAUGAUUUUGACCCAGCUUCCUUCCUCCUAGAACAUUUUUUUAAAUUUAUAUAAAUAAGAGGGGGCCUGUCUGCUCUCGCGCUCUCUCUCUCUUUAUCUCCCCCCACCCCCGUGCGAGUCUCUCUGCCUUCUGCUUCAGAUCUGCAUUUGCAACCAUCAGCAGCCAGAAGGGGGGUUUAUUUUAAUUUCAUCACAACACACAAGGAAAAAACACACACAGAUUCGCGAAUAAGAGCAAUUAAUGAAGAUGAGUGAAUCCAGUGCAAAAUCGAGCCAGCCCCUGGCUGCCAAACAAGACAAGGAUGUAACUGAGAAGAGAGGACGAGGGCGGCCUAGGAAGAAGCCUCAGCAAGAACCCACUGAGGCACCAACACCCAAGAGACCACGCGGUAGACCAAAGGGGAGCAAAAAUAAGGCCACUUCAAAGGGAAGGAAAGCUGCUGUGACACCUGGGAGGAAACCUCGAGGCCGACCCAAAAAAUCAGAGAAGGAUGAAGAAGAGGUCAACAUCUCCCAGGAGUCGUCGGAAGAGGAGCAGUGAAAAUAGUCAACUGGUUCUACCUCGCAAUUCAGUUUUCCUGUCUCUUGUCAAGUUCUGGGACUGAGGAAGGAACAAAGAAUCCUCACCCCUUUCCUGACCCACCUUUCCCAAUGUUCUCACAGUCAAAACGGCAACACUGGAGUACAGUGUAAAA